AUGGCCCGAAGAAUGGCUGCCGCCGCCGCGCUGGCUGGUAGUGUCGCUGCGCAACUCACACCAAACGCAUACAUCGAGUUUGUACCAACAAGCUCAUCAGAAUCUGUCUCAUAUACAACGAUCACAGUGGACACCUGCGACUCCGCCAUGCCAGAGACUAUGGUCACCGUCAUUGGAACAACCAGUGUUACAUACUGCCCACAGUGUGAGUCUGCGCCCACACACGCACCUACCAGCAAGAAGCCAGGCCACACCACCGUCUACGAAACCGAGUACAUCUCGCUUUGCCCUACCGGCACUGUCCCAGUCACAUACACCGUGACCGAGAGCUGCGAGGAGGAGACCCCAACAUGGACGCCAGGCCACGACCACAUCCCACCCGGCUUCACCACCACCGUUAAGCAGUGCACCAAGGGCUGUGACGGAGGCAGCCCAGAGACUCCUGUCCCAGUCACCAUCACCGAGCCAUGCGACUGCGAGGCCACCUCCGGCACCCCACUUCCACCCAAGCCAACCGGCACCCCAGUCAGCCAAAUUCCAGAUGGCCAAAUCCAAGCCCCAGGGCCCUCCCCAACCGGCCCCAAGCCUCCAGCCGAGACAAGCCCGGCCGACGAGCCCUGCGACGGCACCUCCUGCGGCGGCUCCGGCGACGGCAACGUCCCACCAAAACCAUCUGACGACACCCCAGUCCGUCCCCCCUACCCAACCACCACGCACGCCGAGUGUCCCGGCCCCGAGUGCAAUGCCCACGCCACCGGCACCAUGCCAGCCCCCGCUCCAACGACGCCAGGCUCGCCGGAGAUUCCAGCGUAUGAUGGCGCUGCGUCGUCGCUGAAGAUUUGUGGUUUGUUGAGUGUGGUUGCUGUUUUUGUUGGUGGGAUGGCGGUGUUUUUGUAG